AUGGAGGACCUGCUGGAAUCAGUGAUCAAGAAGUUGAAAUUCAACAACACACUGGAAGCGUUCAACCAAUAUAACAACCACCUGCAGUUCACCAUCGAGAUGGAAAAGGAUGGCACCCUCCUACAUACGAUCGUGAUUCGACACAACGAUCAGUCCGUAACAACCAAGUGGACCACCGCCACCAGCACUACCGCAAAGCACCCCAACGUCAACACAGCUACUACCAUCCCUGCCGUCCCCGCCACCUCCGCCACUGGAGAUAUCGCCUUCAAUUUCACCGCCAAUGCAACCGCAACCAAGCACCACAAAUCCACCACAGAACAGCACCAAACGAACAGCUCACAACAAGAUCAUCAGCACCAAGCCACAGAAGUUCUCUACCGAUCGUUGCCAAACAUUCCGACCUUGAUUCGCACCAUCUCCAACAUCCUGAAAAAAGAUUACAACCAGGUAGAAAUAGCCACCAGGAACAUUAAAACAACCAAAUCUCUGCUAAAACCGAUCAAAGAUCCAGUUCCCCCAAAUGAUCAACAUAACGUUGUUUAUAGUACUCCUUGCAACAACUGCGAAGGAGUCUAUAUAGGAAUGACUACAAACCAACUCAAAAAACGAAUGAGCGGACACAACUCAGAUGUAAACAAAAUUGUAAAUACACCAACAAACAUCACACCAGCAAAAACAGCUCUCACACAGCAUAUGAUUGAACACAACCACACGUUUAACCUCGACGGUACAAAAAUAGUAGAUCGCACUUUCCGAUCCACCGCUCUACCAAUAUUGGAAAUGUGCCAUAUACAAAACACAUACCGUAACCUGGGGUUUUACGGUACUAUUAAUUUCCGCACCGACGUAGAUGGACUCAAUACUGCCUACGCUGGCAUAUUGCACACAAUUAAAACAACCAACUCUCGCAGAGAACAACUUAAAAAUAGUACACACAACACACACCAUUAGUUUUGGAACAAGUCUAAAGUACGAUAAAGCCAAAAACUUUAUCCAACUACACGAAAGCUCUACACAGCA